UGGAUAGGGUUAAGCAGGUUCGCUGUUGGGGAAGUUCUUUUGCGCUGGACGUUUGUAAAUCGACGUUUUUUGCUAAAUAACAGCGGUACAGUCAGCUGAUUCAUUCACAUGACUGCCCUUUCUAGUUUCGGUCCUGUUUACCGGUGAAAGUACUCCAGAGAAUCUGCUUUACACGAUGUUGAAGUUAGUUUAGAAGCCACACGGAGAAUAAGUAAGGAUAUCGGGACUUCUACAAACGGCUAACUAUGGUACUAAUAACACUGUGAGCUCGCGCAGACAGGAGCAGCUAGCUAAACAGCUUCAGCGUUGUUGAUGUGUUGGUCACAGCAGUAGAUUUCUUUUUGUAUUCACUUCCUCAAGGGAUUUGCAAAUAUCCUGCAAAAUGGGUCCAGAGGGGAAGAGGUUGUUAAACAUUGUCAUCCUUGGCUUUGGCUUUAUGCUUAUGUUCACUGCUUUUCAAACAUGCAGUAAUAUAGAGCAAACGGUUAUCAAGAGCUUCAAUAACACUGAGUUCCACGGGAGCGGAUACACAAGCAUGGCGAUCAUCUACGGCGUUUUCUCUGCAUCCAACCUGAUCGCCCCCUCGGUGGUGACGGUCAUCGGCCCGCAGCUCUCCAUGUUCUUCAGCGGGCUUCUGUACAGCGGCUACAUCGCCAUGUUCAUCUACCCGUACACGUGGAGCUUCUACACGGCGUCGGUGUUGGUGGGAAUAGGAGCAGCAGUGUUGUGGACGGCUCAGGGAAACGUGCUCGCCAUCAACUCCACUGAUGACACCAUCGGGAGAAACAGUGGCAUCUUCUGGGCGCUGCUGCAGUUCAGCUUGUUCUUUGGAAACCUGUACAUAUACCUCGCCUGGCACGGACACGUUCACAUCACGGACAAAGACCGUCAGACGGUGUUCAUCUCUCUCACGGUGAUCAGUCUGGUGGGCUGCUUCCUCUUCUUCCUCAUCCGUAAGCCGGACCCUGAGGUGGCCCCCGCUGACGUGACGGAGUCGCUGCUGCAGGCCGAGUCCACAGAGAGCAGCUCCACAGUCAGCUCACCGCGCCCCAGCGUCAGCUCACAGGCUCUGGAUGCUUUCGUGAAAGCGUGCAAAAUGUUUGUCACCAAAGAGAUGCUGCUGCUGAGCAUCUGCAUCGGAUACACAGGUCUGGAGCUCACCUUCUACAGCGGUGUGUACGGGACGUGUAUCGGCGCCAUGACGCAGUUCGGCCACGAUGCAAAGAGUUUGAUCGGCAUCUCCGGCAUCUGCAUCGGGAUCGGAGAGAUCUUAGGCGGAGUCGUGUUCGGGAUGCUGAACAAGAGCAGCCGGUGUGGCAGGAACCCCGUGGUGCUGCUGGGCCUCAUCACGCACUACGUCGCCUUCUACCUCAUCUUCAUCAACAUCACCAGCGACGCUCCUCUCGCCCCGGAGGCAGGGACGGACCUGCAGGCCUACAUCCCCCCCAGUGUCGGCGUGGCGCUGCUCUGCAGCUUCCUGCUCGGUUUGGGAGACAGCUGCUUCAACACGCAGCUCCUCAGCAUCAUCGGCUUCACGUUCCGCGACAACAGCGCCCCCGCCUUCGCCGUCUUCAAGUUCAUACAGUCCAUCAUGGCCGCUCUGGCCUUCUUCUACAGUAACUACCUGCUGCUGCACUGGCAGCUGCUCAUCCUGGUGCUGGUCGGCUUCCUGGGCACCGUAACCUUCUUCAUGGCCGAGUGGAUGGCCGAGAUCCGCCGGAGAGAAUCCGACUACGACAGCAUCUGAUGUGAGUCUGCGGAGGAGGAGGAACGUUUCCCGCCUCUGCAAACAGGCACUGACUCUGGGUACGCUUGUUUUUACAUCCCGUCUGCAGAAGCUCGGCCGGCUGCAGGAAGUCUCAAUAUUUAUCUGUAACCAAAUCAAAAAGCACGAGGAGGAACUCAGUGCACACAAAAUAUACCUCAUUACCUCUCAUACUCUGUGCAUCUGGAAUAAUGUGAACGACUUCCAGACAAACAUCAGCUCCUCUGCGUCUCCUUAACUCCUGAAGAAAACUUAGUUCAUAGAAUAAUAAAGUGUCAUUGAUCCAGCUCAUGGCACUACGUCACACACGUUCAUUAAAGCUGCACUAUUUCAAACUCUUUAUUACUCUGAGUGGUGAGAGUUUGUGAACAGAUGUUCAGUUCAUCAGGACUUCUCUGUCUCUGUUCUCUGGAGGCAGGAGAGCAGAGAACGUUUAGUGCAGGAGUUAAAGGAGACGCAGAGCAGCUGAUGCCGAGGGGCAGUGUGUGAAGUGCUCCUUUAAACGGACUUCACUGAGGCAUGAUGGGUAAAAAGCACUUUUGGUUCGAAGGCCUGUCAGCGAUGAUAUAAGGGGGGGGGGUUCGGGUCAUUGUGAAUCAGCUGCAGGUUUUCAUCUUGUGCUGCUGCUCGGUUAAAGUAUAAGGUUGGUGAUAUUCUAUGUUUUUCUUCCCAUGAAAAGAGCAACAUGAGUCCUUAAUGAAUCCUCCUCACAAGUAUUAAUAUCUCUUGUUCCUCCAUUGUUGUUAAAACUGUUAAACACACACUAUGAGAACACACACACACUGCUGCCACAAAUACUCACUCGAGCACCACAUGUGGAUUAAUCCGCCGCUGAAAAUAGUCCCCAACAGAUGCACUAUUUCUCCUGUUUGUGUGAUUAAAACCAUUAAUUUGUCUAUAAAAUGUUAGAAAAUAGUGAAGAUUGUCUUUUAAAUGUCUUGUUCUGUCCUGAACUCAAAGAUGUUCACUUUAAUAUGAUAUAAGACGGAGAAAAGGAGCACAUCUCCACCUUUUUGAUGCUGGAAACAACAUUUAAAGACAUUUCUGCAGGAGAAACGUCUUGAAUGAUUAAGAUUAUGGAAAGAGUUGGAGAUUAUUUUUGCUGUGGAUCAUCUCUAAUAAAACUACAGUGAGCAGCUGUUUUAGGGAAUUAUGAGCCUUUUUUAAACAUGAAACUAAAUAUAUGUGUUUUUAAAGAUUAAUGUCUUCAGUGGGAACCGACGAGCUCUGAGCCGCAGACAGGAAGUCAGACGUGUUUAGACGCGACACAUUGUUGGUUUUGGUCUUUUCAUGGGAUUUGUUGACAGUAAAAACACACAAUAAUUUCAGCCUUAUCCUUUAAAAGUUCUUCCCCCUCGUGGGACGUCUCGCACAAAAUCAACACGAUUACAGAGAAACGGACAGAAACUCUGCUGACGCCGUUAUCGUCUGUCAGACGCACGAGGUGUUCACGACCUCGCCGGCAACGUUAAGAUACUCUGCAUCCAGUCAGUCAUCUGACAAAGCAGUUAAAAGGGAAAUGUGAUCCAGAAGCUGAACUUUGUAUUCGAGUGAAACGUUCCCCCUCAUUCGCACGACGCCGUGUUUCAGGUACAAAAUUAAUAAAAAUCUCAGAUUAAAGUCGGAAAUUUACAAGAAAAAAUCUGAAAUUCUGUGAAAUUAAAGUCACAAAGAAAGUGAAGCGACAAAAUACAAAAGCAUUGCUUAUAGAUUUACGGCUUUAAGAGAAACGAUGAGUGAUUUAUGUUCUCGGGGAUAUCGAGGUUUUUCUUGUUCGUUCACUUUAAUCUCAGAUAGAUUUAACCCCCCCCCCCUCCAGUUCAUUUUAUUAUUGUUUUUAUUUUUACCUAAAAUGGCUCUAAAUCGUACAUUCUCCGUUUUUCUUCUUGUUCCUUCGUGAGACACUAAGUGCUUCUAUAUUUAGUUGUCAUGAGAUCCAGAUGACUUUUCAUAAUCACACGUCUGCGUUCAGAGGAAACGUUUAAUAUGGACAUUGUGUUUUUCGCUACGCCAGCGGCUCGAGAGAUCCAGUGAAGUCGGUCCGCCGCCUCGGUUCAGAGCAAAGAUCUCAACAACUUUCGGAUUAAUUGCCGUGAAAUUUGGUUCGGACAUUCGAGUUCCUCACGGGAUGAAUUAUAAUAACUUUUCUGGAAAAAGUCAUGAAAUCAAAAGUCUUAAAGGGGCACUGCAGGUCCAGGUCCAAACACGCUGGUUCCUACAAUUCCCAUAAUGCAACUUGAUAAUGUCUUAUGCUAAGCUCUCCCUGCCGGCACAACAAGUUUUCUGUUUUCUGAUUAUUUUAAUCUGUCGCUUUAAUGUUUCAAUAUUCGUUUGGUCUAAAAACAAAACAGACCUUCACAACUUCAAAGAUAUUUAGUUUACAACGAUGUCCGACAAAGAAACGCAGGAAGUCCUCUCACUUAGAGGCUGGAACCAGAACAGUUCUGUUACGUUGUUUGUAUCAUGUUCUGUAUAUGUGCGAACACGAACACGCCACAAACGUAGCAAUAACAUUGAUGUGAACAAUGCAGGAGGCCAAAUACGUACAAAUGUCUGCUUUGCAAAUGUUUUACGAGGAAGGAAAUGCAGUGGACUCGUUUGUUAGAGACACAGAACGCACCGCGGCGUCGGGCCAGUGUGGAGACACGCUAAGAGGUUAAAGAAUAUUAUAAUUACGGAGCCGCUGGAGAAUAUUCAGAGAGAAAAGUCCAUAUUUCUGGGAGUGAAGACGUAUUUACGAGAAAAGAAACCUGGAUAUUCUCUGAGGUUAUAAAGUCACAAAUGUACGAGAAAUCUUUUCUCGUAGACUUUCGUUUAUUUGUCGUGAAUUCACGACUUUAAUCGAGUAAGUUCUGAGUUUCUUUCUCUGAAUAUUACCCCUCAGUAAUUUAUUACUUUUACCUACAAUGGCCUGAAGACGCCUUCGUACACAACGAGCCGGACUCACCAUGAAGAGGAGAUGAAUGUUGUAAGAUCAGUGAAGUGCCCCUUUAACAACAAAACUGGAUCUUAACUUUGCUCUGAUUUCUCUCCGACGACCUUUACGGCCUCACAAAGCUGCUGGCGUGGCUGCAGACUCCGUCUUGUCCUUUUCUUUUGAAUCACCGCUGUUGUAACGUGAUCUGAUGCCAGCGCUAAAUACGGGCCUUAAGACAGCUUUAUGUACUGUUGAAGUGGGAAACUAGGAACUAUAUCUUAGAUGCUGUAGGUUUAUUAUCUUUGGUUUAAAGUGUCCAUUUAUGAAUCACAGCUCUGUUCUAGUUAAUUUAUUGCUAGUGAAACACAUUAAGUUUCAUGCAUUGCAAUGGAUGCAAUCAAUGUGGAGGAUGUUAAGGUUAAGGGAAGUGCAUGUGUACUAUGAAGGGAUUUUAUACUUGAAUGUAGUAAUUAAGAACUUUCGCUUGCUUGUUUUUAUUAUCAAUAAAACAUUAUUUUGAA